GAGAGAGACACUCUUAUUCCAUCCAAGAAAGAACUCGCGCGUUUUUUUUUUAUUACAGUCAACAAGGAAAAAAAAUGAUGCUCGAAACUAAGGACCUGGCGAUCAAGCUUUUCGGCAUGAAGAUUCCACUGCCGGCCGGCGAUGACGACGAGAACUUCAGGUUUAUUAAGAGGGGAGAGAAACGAGUUGAUCAAGAAGAGGAGGAAGUAGAAGACAAGGAUUCACCAUCAACAGAAGCCACUGAGAGCACAGAAGACCAUGAUUCUCCAAGAACUGAAGACUCAACCAGUAUGGAAUUGCUACCAGAUUGUAAUGUGAACCCGAAGACACCAUUAAUCGAUGAAGAAAGUGCAAAAUCAAAAGCCCCAAAGGAGAAAGAACAGAGUGAUACAAACAACUCGCAAGAGAAAACCCUGAAAAAGCCUGACAAGAUACUACCAUGCCCUCGCUGCAAUAGCAUGGACACUAAGUUUUGUUACUACAACAAUUACAACGUCAAUCAACCGCGCCACUUCUGCAAGGCCUGUCAAAGAUAUUGGACUGCCGGCGGUACGAUGAGGAAUGUUCCUGUGGGAGCUGGACGUAGGAAGAACAAGUCUGCUUCACACUAUCGCCAGAUUACAAUUUCUGAGGCUCUCCAAGUAGCUCGAAUGGAUGCUCCAAAUGGAGCUCACCACCCUGGAUUGAAAAGCAAUGGCAGAGUCCUUAGCUUUGGAGUAGAUGCACCAGCCUGUGAUUCCAUGGCUUCUGUUUUACACCUUGAUAAAAAAGUUUUGAAUGGUACUAAUCGAAAUGGAUUUCAUAAGAGCGAAGAAUUAGUAUUUCCAGCUCUUUGCAAGAGCAGAGAAAAUGGUAAUGACAUAACAGCUUUGAAACCACAAAUUCCAAAUACCAAUGGCUUCUCCCCACAUAUUCCAUGUCUUCCUGGUGUUCCGUGGCCUUAUCAGUGGAAUUCAGCAGUUCCCCCACCGGGAAUGCCUAUACCAGUUUUUCCUGCAUCUUAUUGGAACUGUGGCGUCCCUCUCCAAGUACCAGUGCCUUGGUUCAGUCCACACCCUGCUUCUCCGAACCAGAAGUCUCCGAACUCUGGCUCAAGUUCUCCAACACUGGGGAAGCGUUCAAGGGAGGGAGAGAUCCUCAGACCAGAAGUUCAUUUGGAGAAACAAGAGCCAUCAAAACAGAAAAAUGGAUGUGUUUUGGUUCCUAAAACAUUAAGGAUUGAUGACCCAAGCGAAGCUGCAAAGAGUUCGAUAUGGACAACACUUGGGAUCAAGAACGAUUGCAUCAGCAGUGGGAAAGGGCUGUUUAAGGCCCUCCAAUCACAAUCAAAGAGUGAUCAAAAGAAACAUGUCCCUGAAACCUCUCCGGCUAUGCUAGCCAACCCAGCAGCCUUGUCUAGAUCAUUCAACUUCCACGAGAGCUCUUGAAUUGGUUAACUUAGGCUAUGGUGUAACUCUUAGGCAUAAGCUGGAAUUGUGAGGUUGGAUCACCCCAUCUCUCGUAUGAGUUUUGAAAGCUAACCCCAGCCGGCAAGUCUCAACUCUAGGGUUCCUCAGUAGGUUAGGGGAACUAGUUCGAUCUGGUGGAAACUAAUUUUGCCUUCUUGUAACAUACUGCAUGCACAGAUUGCUUCUGAUGUACUUAGUUCUCUGAGUUUCUGUUGUCCAUGUACAAAUCUAUAUGUGAAAUCCAUAGCUGUAAAAUUAACAUCAUCUUUUCUCUC